AUGUCAUCCGCGUCGAAAGCCCUGACCACCUGCAGGACCGCAAAUCCGGUCCCCUUUCCUGAAGGAACUCCGGGUGAAGAGUGGUGGAACGAAGCCGGCAACCUGGUCUAUUACGGCACCCGCAACAAGCGCAGCCUGUGCAUGGACGUGACCAACCCGCGGGGCAAGGAAGUCUUUCUCAAGUUGGUGGAGAAGACUGACAUCGUGACCGACAACUUCCGUCCCGGCACCAUGCAGCGGUUCGGGUUCGACCAUGACAGCCUCUCCACAAUCAACCCCCGCAUCAUUACCCUCAGCAGCACCGCUUACGGGUACACCGGACCCUGGCGACGGGCCGGCUCCCGGGCCCGCACCGUUGAUGCCGCCUGUGGUUUGUCCUACCUGACCGGCUACGAGGGCGGCCCUUCCAUGCGGGCCAGCCCCAACUACAUGGAUCAUUCCGUAGGCAACAACGUGGCCUACGCCCUGCUGCUGGCCCUGUACCAGCGCACCAAGACGGGCAAGGGCAUGCGGGUUGACCUUACCAUGCUGGAAACCGGGGUCUCGGCAGUGGGACCGGCCAUCCUGGAAGCGCAGCGGGGCAUAACCCGCGAUCGUUUGGGCUGCGCCCACUGGUGGAAGGCGCCGCACAAUGUGUAUCCGGCCUGGGGCGACGACCGUUGGAUAGUUAUUGUCGUGUCGUCCGACACAGAAUGGGAAUCGCUGAAGGGAGCAAUGGCCCGCUGGCACAACCGCCAUGAAUUGGACGAGUUAAUCGGUAACUGGACCUCCCAGCACGAUGACCUGGAGCUGACGCGGAGGUUGCAGGGACUGGGCAUCGCCGCCGGCUCGGCGAUGACCGCCCAGGACCUGGUAAACAACCUUCAUCUGCGGGAACGGGGCUAUAUGUGGGAGUUCUCCAACCCUCAGGCCCCUGCUGUUGGGUCCCGUCUUUUCGCCGGGCGCCCCUUCAGAGAUCCCGGCAAUCCCAUGUCAAUUGCGAAGGUCGCGGGAUUGGGACAGGACAACGAGGUGAUAUUGGCAGAGCUGGCCGGGUUGUCGCCGGCGGAAAUAGGGGAACUGGAAUCCGAAGGCGUGGUUUUUGGCGCACCCCGGCCCGACGAACCAAGGCCGUAA